AUGCAGGUGGAAGGAAAGGACGGAGCAUCGAUUGAGCUUCCGCACAGUUCUCCGAAUGGAAUAAACUUUGGACAGGUAAUUGUCAACGAGCGCAGUGUCAAAUCCAUCGCCUUGGUGAAUUCUGGAGACGUAAACUAUGACUUUAAAUGGGAUGUGGGUACAAACCCACGAAUAUCUGUGUACCCUGAGUCAGGGACGGUGGCAAUGGGCCAGCGCUUUGCUUGCGAUUUGUGCUAUCAUCCCCACGUUCCAGAAAAAUUGGAGAGCUACAGGACUGUGUGUAAGGUUGCGAACGGUCCAAGAUACAUUCUGGAUUUAAACGGGGUGUGCCACAAGCCCAGACUGGAUAUCAGCUUUUACAGGCAUGACUUCGGCACCGUGUUCCUCUUCCAGCAAGGCAUGAAUCCAAAUGUAAAGUCCCUGAGAGUGAGGAAUGGAGACAUUGAUGACAUCAGUUUUGAACUUCAUUUCGACAGCAACGAGGACAUUCAGGUGGAAUGCCCUCCUACCAUCCUGGCUCCUGGGGAUUAUAGGGACAUGAACGUCGUCUUCACCCCUACAAGACAGGGAGUGAUUGAUGGGACGCUGAAACUGGAAGUAAAUGGACUUUACACUGUGAAUAUUUUCGUUAGAGGUGAAGGGACUCCUCUCCGCGUAGAACUGGAGAAACCGUCGCAGAAAAACGUAAAGCUGGGUGCUAUUGAGCAGCAUAGUUCUGCCACGAAAGUUGUGAAGAUCAUCAACAGGAGCAAAAUCUCUGCGACUGUAUCUCUCCUUCCAUCCGCUGACAGAUUUCGUGAGCGGGGCAUCGACAUGUUGCCAGCCGUGGAUAUGUUCUUGAGGCCAAGAGAAAGUGGGGACGUCACGCUAUUCUUCCGGCCCGGUGGCCGUCAACCUCACUUUCAGGAGAACUUUGAGGUGGACGUGGCCAACAUUCGUAUGUGUCUUUUCUCCGUGUCUGGUGCCUGCAUUGGCACAGAGGUGCGUCUGGCAGGCAACAGCAUUCCCUUUGGCCCGGUCACGAAAGGCUCCAGGGCGUCGAAAUUCAUGAAGCUGGAGAACACCGGCGACACAGGGACCAAGUUCAGCUGGGAAACUUCAAGGCUGACACCCAAUUUCAGCUUAUUCCCCUCAGAAGGUUUUCUUUCUCCAGGGCGCGACGUCACUUUGGAUAUUACGUUUCACCCGGAAGCAGUUUCCGCAGACAUCAGGUUGGAGAGGGUGCGGUGCCGCAUUAACGGUGGGCAAGAUCAAUUCCUGACCCUGACCGGAUCCUGUGUGGAAAGUGAGGCAGAAUCAGAAGAACUUCUCUUUUCAUGUGUUGUUCGCGCCUCGCUGCAAAAGCACAUCAGCAUGUCCAAUGAUUCGAACACAAACUGGUUGCUGAGGCCCGUCAUUCAGAACGACUACUGGUCAGGACCAGAGUUCAUGAAUGUUCCCGCACAGUCCUCCGCCGACUACCCAAUCACAUACAGUCCGUUGACGAUGUCUUCCAAAGACAAGCCACACACUGGGUCGAUCUUCUUUCCUAUUCCGGACGGUACCGGUAAACUGUUCAACUUGAAGGGGGUGGCGGAAAACCCGGUCGCCGAAGAUACAAUUUCAAGGACUCUGCCGUCGAAAACGCAGCACGUGGAGGAGCUGAAGGUGUCCAAUUGGGUGCAGAGACCUCAGAGGUUUAAAGUGAGUAUCGAGAAGAUCCAGUGCCACCCAUCAACUGUCAUCCAGGGAGCAGGAUAUAUCGACGUGCCUCCACUGUCCAAGAAGAUUUACAAGGUCAACUACUGCAGCUACACGGAAGGCGUAACAUCGGCAAGGGUGUCAUUUACGAACGAGUCCACAGGAGAGUACCUGUUCUACGAGCUGCAACUAACCGCUGGACCGGCUCCUGUUCAGGGGUCUAUUGCGUUGGAGUGUCCUGUACGAACGCAGACGCAAAACACCAUACGGAUCCUAAAUCCCUUGGAGUCCGCUGUAGUCAUGCAGGGCACGUCGACAGACAGCCAAGUCGUUCUUCCCAACGACAUUACGCUGAAGCCUGCUGGCGUCUGCGAAGUUCAGCUGGCAUACCGUCCCCUCCUUGUGGCAGAAAAGAAAGCCGCCCUCGUUUUAAAGUGCGAGGAGUUGGGAGUGUACGAAUAUGAGCUGAGUCUGAAAGGUGUGCCCGCCGGGCCGGAGCAGAGUCUGUCUUUCAGCGUUCCGCUGGGCAGCCAAGAGACUCAGAUGUUCCGAUUCACGCACUGGCUGAAUUCCAAAGUCGAAUACAAAUGUUACUUCCGUAGCGGGUCGUCCGCCGGCACAGGAGAUUCGCCUUUUGGCUGUCCAGCUGCCGUGACGGCGGAAGCGGCGGGUUCUGGCGGAAGGAAAAUUGAGAUGCCGGUAACUUUCGAGCCGGAGAUGCUUGGAGAGAAUGCGAGAGACACCUUGAUUGUUGUGUCGUCGGAGGCUGGCCAGUACGAAUGCCCUGUGGUUGGAAACUGUGUACAACCCAAGCCUCAGGGGCCUGUCGACGUGUCUCGAGGGUCUGCAACCGUACAGUUCAAAAACGUUUUUGCCGGGGAGGCAGAAUUUCUGUACACUGUCGACAACCCGGCGUUCAGCGCGAAGGCUUCUGAGAAGAUCGGAGCAAAGAAGACUACGACCAUUCCCAUUGCGUACAAACAGGAAGGAAGCAAUGGACCAACCGGCAGGCUUGCAAUUACGUGCCCGAGUAAAACUGAGUCAACAUGGGUGUACUAUCUUAGGGGAUAA